AUGGGACAAGCUUUAGGAUGCAUUCAAGUAGAUCAGUCAAAGGUUGCAAUCAAAGAAAAUUUCGGGAAGUUUAAUGAUGUCCUUGAGCCUGGUUGUCACUGCAUGCCCUGGUGUUUAGGGAGCCAAGUUGCUGGCUACCUGACGUUGCGAGUGCAGCAACUAGACGUUAGAUGCGAAACCAAGACAAAGGAUAAUGUCUUCGUCAUAGUGGUUGCUUCAAUUCAGUAUCGAGCCUUACCUGACAAAGCUGAAGACGCUUUCUAUAAGCUCAGCAAUACCAGGGAGCAGAUUCAAGCUUAUGUCUUUGAUGUUGUCAGGGCAAGUGUACCAAAGUUGGAGCUUGACAAUGUCUUCGAGCAAAAAACUGAAAUUGCUAAAGCAGUGGAAAAUGAGCUCGAAAAGGCCAUGUCUCAUUAUGGUUAUGAAAUAGUCCAGACACUCAUCGUAGAUAUAGAACCAGACGAGCAAGUUAAAAGGGCAAUGAAUGAGAUAAAUGCAGCUUCAAGAAUGAGGGUAGCUGCAAAUGAGAAGGCCGAGGCUGAGAAAAUAUUGCAGAUAAAGCGAGCUGAAGGUGAAGCGGAGUCGAAAUAUUUGGCUGGACUUGGUGUAGCACGUCAACGUCAAGCCAUCGUAGAUGGACUGAGAGACAGUGUGCUUGGCUUCGCAUCUAACGUGCCUGGGACUACCUCCAAGGAUGUCAUGGACAUGGUUUUAGUAACUCAGUACUUUGACACCAUGAAGGAGAUCGGUGCAUCUUCAAAAUCUUCCUGUGUCUUCAUUCCUCAUGGCCCAGGGGCUGUUAAAGAUAUUGCCACACAAAUCAGGGAUGGAUUGCUUCAAGGUAAUGCAGCUGAACAGUGA